CCUGUUAAAUCCAGAAUUGAAUUCAAAAUCCUGCUCCUCACAUACAAGGUCUUAAAUAAUCAGGCCCCAUCUUAUCUUAAUGACCUUGUAGUACCAUAUCACUCCAUUAGAGCUCUUCACUCUCACAUUGCAGGCUUACUUGGUGUUCCUAGAGUAUUUAGAAGUAGAAUGUGAGCUAUAUAAAUAAAAUGGAAUUUAAUUAAAUGUUUGUUUAGAUACCAGAGAAUAUUCCAUGAAAAGGUUAAAGUCUACACAUUUUCAGUUAACAUUUUGUGCUCUUAACUCAUAAUUAUAUAUUUUAUUGGUGGUCUAAGGAGCUUGGAAAGAAAAGCAUCUGGACUUCUUUAAGCGUGCAGACUUAAUUCAAAUACAUCUACUCUCUGUUUCAUAAGGAUAAGAGUGCAGAUGUGGUGGAUCAUAAAUUUGAUUAGUUUUGAAGUUGUACAUCUCUGUUCCUUACAUUUCAUGUCAUGCCCUUAUUAAUGUUUUAUUUGUUGCUUUGACUGUUUUCAAAUAGAAUAUGCAGUGGGAAUAUAGAGGGAGAUAAGUAGUGAAAGUUUUGCCUGGGUUGAUUGUGUGUCGAUCCAUUGUUAAUGCCUCAGGGCUCCAGUAGGUGGGUUCGCGCGCUUCCUCCUUCACUCAAUACAGACGAGUGAGAGUGAGAGCUGCGUGUCUGUGCCUUUCUUUCACCUCUCCUCACUAUUUCCCCUGUUUAAGGGCACAACACAGACAUACUAUAUCCCAGUGUGGUUUGCCAGCUGCAUUGCUCAAGAAAACCGCGCAAUCAUUACUCUUCAGCUGUGGAUACAUGUGCAAUCAGUAAUGAUAGUUAUACUGGCUGCUAAUAAGGGUUAGAUUGAAGGUUAGGGUCCUUCUGCAAAUUCUAAUAUGAUGCCAUAAGCUGCUGAUUUAUUUGGAUCUUUGUGUUUUUGCACUGGUUUGAGAUGGCAGCAGCAUAAGGCCAGCAGCCCUAACUCAAUUUCCUUCGUGGCCAACCUUUGGGAUCAAUAAAGUUUAUUGAUUGAUUGAUUUUUUUUAUUUUAUUUACUCUGUUUUUAUAUUUGAUUCUGUUUCACUUCACCCAUUUUAUCACAGGUUCACUUUUUGUAAUAGUAACCCUUCAUGCUGAAAAAUGGAACAUCUUCUCCAGGAGUCCAGGCUGAAGAAAAACAUAACUCAGAGUCUGAUGAUGUCAGGUUGGUGGGAGGAGCCAGUCACUGUGCAGGAACACUGGAGCUGAAACAUCUGGGAGAGUGGAGAAUAGUAGAUGGUUAUGCUUGGACCCUGAAACAUGCAGAUGUUGUCUGCCAACUGCUGGACUGUGGCUCUGCUGUUUCUGUAGAAUGGAGAUUUGAGACCACAAACACACCUGUGUGGGAAAUGAAAACUGAAUGUAUUCAGUCUGGAUCUGCUGUGAGAGAUUGUGUAACAUCAGAUUCAUCUUCUGUCAUCACCAAUGUCACCUGUGCAGACUCUGUCAGGCUGCUGAAUGGUUCCAGUCUGUGUUCAGGCAGACUGGAGGUGAAGUCUGACCAGAGCUGGUCCUCAGUGUGUGAAGCUGACUUUGACCAGCAGGAUGCAGAGGUGGUCUGUAGGGAGCUCGGCUGUGGGCCUCCUUCAGUCCUCCAGGGGGCGCUCUAUGGAGAAGUGGAGGCUCCAGUGUGGAGCAAAGAGUUCCAGUGUGGAGGCCAUGAGUCUGCUCUCCUGGACUGUAGAAGCUCAGGCUCAGCUAGAAACAGCUGCUCACCUGGCAAAGCUGUUGGACUCACCUGCUCAGAGCCUGAUGAUGUCAGGUUGGCGGGAGGAGCCAGUCGCUGUGCAGGUACACUGGAGCUGAAACAUCUGGGAGAGUGGAGACCAAUGUUUGAGUUUGGCUGGACGCUGAAAGAUGCAGCUCCUAUUUGUGAACAUCUGGACUGUGGUUCUGCUGUUUCUUUACAACACACCAAGUCAUCAUUAGAAUUUAGCUGGAGGAUCAAACCUGACUGUGUUCAGUCCAGAUCUACUCUGAGAGAGUGCACAACAUCGGGUUACUACAACCCCAUCCUGAAUCUUACCUGCGCAGACUCUGUCAGGCUGCUGAAUGGUUCCAGUCUGUGUUCAGGCAGACUGGAGGUGAAGUCUGACCAGAGCUGGUCCUCAGUGUGUGAAGCUGACUUUGACAAGCAGGAUGCAGAGGUGGUCUGUAGGGAGCUCGGCUGUGGGCCUCCAUCGGUCCUCCAAGGGGUGCUCUAUGAAGAAGUGGAGGCUCCAGUGUGGAGCAAAGAGUUCCAGUGUGGAGGCCAUGAGUCUGCUCUCCUGGACUGUAGAAGCUCAGGCUCAGCUAGAAACAGCUGCUCACCUGGCAAAGCUGUUGGACUCACCUGCUCAGAGCCUGAUGAUGUCAGGUUGGUGGGAGGAGCCAAUAACUGUGAGGGCAUGAUGGAGCUGAGACAUCUGGGAGAGUGGAGACCAGUGUGUGCCUUUAGCUGGACGCUGAAAGAUGCAGCUUUUGUGUGUAAACAUCUGGACUGUGGCUCUGCUGUUUCUGUUGACUCAAGACAUGAGUCUUUAAAGAGACCUGCAUGGUGGAUCAAAUAUGAUUGUGUUCACGUCAGAUCUGCACUGAAGGACUGUACAGCAUCAAGUUACCAUACCUUCAUCCUGAACAUCACCUGCUCAGGUAAAAUAUGUAUGACAUAAUUUAAGACGGUAAUGUAGCAGGUUAACAUACACAGUAGCAGGAAUAGCAGCUGACUGUCUCCAGCCAUCAUGAAGGCUGACAUUUAGAAGUACUCUGAAGGAACCUCUGACCAGUCUGAAAGGACUCUUUCAGCCUAACAGUUUUUUUAGUUGCUGAUUACAGUUUAUGAAGUAAUGUGCUCGAACAGCAACUAUGCUAACACAAAUCACAGCUAGGUCUAGAAAGGUGAACUUAGGGCAUGGGCUGAUAUGGAAGUGGAGAUUUGUGAACUGGACCAAGAAACUGAACAGACAAGACGAGGUGGGAGAUACAGGAACAAAUGAUGAGACAUCAUUUGAGAUGAGGCAUCAGUGAUGGUACAGUUGGCUGGAACUACUCAAUAGAAAUUAGUUCUUGUUAACAUGAUAGUGGCAGGUGUCUCUAAUCCAGGUGUAGGCAACUCCAAGCCUCAAGAGCCGGUGUCCUGCAGGUUUUAGAUAUCCCCCUGGGUCAUCACACCUGAAUAAAAGGAUUAGUUUAUUAGCAGGCAUCUGGAGAACUAUGCGACACGUUGAGGAGGUAAAUCAGCAAUUUGAAUCAGCUAUGUUGGACCAAGGACACAUCUAAAACCUGCAGGAAAUCCUAACCGUAACCCUACCCUUGAGGUCUGGCGUUGCCUACCCCUGCCCUAAUCCUACCCACAGAUCAUACUGUUCCUCCUGCUCUACCUGCAGCAUUUAUGUCAUUAUUUUACAGCAAUGCAAAAAAUACUGGACCAAUUGUAGGUUUAUAGGAGCGUUGGAGCAAAGCACAAUAAAAAAAGAUCAGAGCUAGAAAUCUUUAAAUGACUACCAUUACUAAAUACAACAACAAACAAAAAGUACAGCUCCAGCCAUUGUUACAUAACGCUGAACCCUUCUUUGAAUAAAACUGAAUUCAGUUAACAAUUCCCCUCCCUAAGUUGUUUCCUUAAUUAUCUAGUUUUUGUCUCUUCUUUUUAGUGAAAGAAGGACAAAGGGUUAUAAAUCUUAAAAUUGGCAUUUGUGGAUUGAGCAGAGAAAUCCACUUUUUUUUCACCAACACGAAAAACAGUCAUGAUCAAUAAAUCAACAUGGGUAUGAGUCACAAGUUUUAUCACUUUCCCUAAAUGAUGCAAAGAGGACAAAACUAAGGUUACAUUCACAUGUACACAGGUAUUUUUCUUUUAAACAUGUUCCUUUCUUUGUGUUUUGGCCUUUCGUCCAGUAUUCUGGAUGAAAGUAUUUUGGAUGAAACAGUAUUUUGGAUCAACAAAAAAGAUUUUCAUAACCUGGGUGAAGAUUUUCAGAAACGCAGUAUUUGUGUUGCUGUGUGGCAGACAACAACAGAGAUUUUUUUCUCACAAAAUCAGAGGCCUGCACCUGUAUCUCCAUUUUGUCAUGCCAGACACUGCACCAUACACCAUGACUGGGGGCUUUUGAAUGGCUAAUAUUUUUUUCAUUAUUUGUGUUUUAUCACCACCUGUUGCUUGCUGUGCUCAUGGCAGCACUUCAUAGUGAUGAUGAUGAUGAUGCUCCCAAUCCACUGGUUUCCAAACCCUUCCAAGUGUCAACUACUACCUUACUCAGAAUAAAUAAACCAGCCAGGCAACCAUUUUUGAUCUUUGUUACGUACAGUCAUCUCUACUUCUGGAUGCCUUUUUUGGGUAUCUGCCCCGGCCGAAAGCUGCUCCCAUCCCCCUGUCAGGCCUUUCCUUAACUACAGCCUCAAUUCAUGUUCAAGCCAUCUGGCGUUAUCCACUUAAAAUGCUGUCAAACCUUAAAUGAGGAUGUGGCCCCAGCUAUUGAAUUGGAGAUAAAUUAUCUGUUGGACUACACCUCCAAACAUGUCCCAUCUGGUUCCCUGUUACCCUCCCCACCGGCUCUAUAAGCUGUUCAUUCUCCUUUUGGUGUCCCACCUUCCCUCCCCAUUUUUGAUUCAUUCACUUAUCAUUAGUUCAUGGGGAAGAUUGUGUGAAAUCUAAAAUGAGGGUGUAGGACCAGGUAGUGAAAAAGACCAAGUCUUACUUCUUGCUGUGUUGUUGCACCUGUAAACUGGAAGAUGGUAAAUAGACUAGUUCAUGUAUAGCGCUUUUCAACUCUAUCUGAGCACUCAGAGCACAUUACUUUACUUGCCUCAUUCACACCAGCACUUUUUUCUAUCUAACAUUCACACACAUUCAUACUCUGAUGGAUGCAUCCGAUAGCAAUUUGGGGUUAGUAUCUUGCCCAAGGAAAUUUAGUGUGCAGACUGGGAUCUAACCACCAACUUUCCAAUUAGUAAUGGAGUACCACCUGAGAUAGAGCCACCCCGACAAGGCUGUCUGCUAUGGGUAAUACACUGACUAGGCACAAGUACCUCACACAACCACACUUAAAGACAACUGAACUACCAGUCUCACAUUUACACACUUAUCAAUUUUGAUGUAACCAUAUUUGAAAUUUGAGCGUAUAUGAAAUCCUCUCCCCCCCUUACUUUCAAACAGGUGAUAAUUUCAAUAACUUAAUCUUCAUAGAUCAGUAACUGAGUCAACAGAGCUAAUAUGGAGCUGACUCAUGGAGCAAAUAAUCGGCUGAAUUUAGCCAUUCUUCAGA